CCUCUAAAAAAAAAGAAUUCAACGAUUACAUGAACUAUAAUGAUGGAACGUGCUGCAGUAGUGCUGAAACGUAUACCAUCAUCCAAGUGGUAACGUACGCUACCCUAGGAGUGUGCUUGACGAUUGCUUCCGCAAUGAUCGUCCGACGCUGGUUGCUGAAACUUCGAGGCGUAAACAUCUACGUACCGCUGAGCCAAACGGCUACCGGCACCUCGCCUGCUGCAGCGGAUUCACAAUCCCCGAUCAUUGCCCUGGCAUCGCUGGCCAUCAUUAUGGCAUACUUCUACCUGUGUGAUCGUACCAAUUUCUUUAUGAAGGAGAACAAAUACUACUCCGAAUUCAGCUUCUGGAUUCCAGUUGGGUAUGUGUUUGUGCUGGGACUUUUCUUCACCGAAGAUAGCAAGUUUACCAAGGUUCUGCACCGUGACCAAACCGACGAACUGAAAGGUUGGAUGCAGCUGGUUAUUUUGAUAUACUACAUGACGGGAGCUUCGCACGUGCUUCCUAUUUACAUGCAUAUAAAGGUGCUCAUCAGUGGGUAUCUAUUUCUCUCCGGAUAUAGUCACUUCACAUAUUGUUGGCAAACGGGGAAUAGCGGACUAGUACGAUUCCUGCAAGUUAUGUUUAAGAUCAAUUUCCUGACAGUUAUUCUCUGUUUAUGUAUGAACCGUCCAUAUCAAUUCUAUUUCUUUGUACCAUUGUUAUCGUUUUGGUAUUGCAUGGUAUACUUCAUGUUGUCAAUUCCACCAAGAAUCACUGCCCAGAGUUCGGAGAACAACGCGUAUCAAUAUCUGUACGUAGUAUUGAAGUUUGUCUGCAUGCUGAGCGUUAUAACAGUGCUCUACAUGAGUGAAGUAUUUUUUGAGCGGAUCUUUGUGACCCGGCCGUGGAAGGCGCUGUUUGUAACAACGGAUGACGAUAUUCAUGAAUGGUGGUACCGUUGGAAACUUGACCGUUAUACAAUCACAUACGGAAUGAUAUUUGCUGCCAUUUUUCAUAUCGCCCAGCGGUAUUACUUUUUCGACGAUAAUAACCAUGGGAAUCUGUUCUCCAGACGAAUAUCCUUAACAUCGACUCUAGCAGCUAUCGCCGGAAUAGGCUUCUACACGACGUGGACAUUUUUCUGUCGAAACAAACAAGACUGUGAAGAAAUACACUCGUACGUAGUGUUCAUCCCAAUUGUCGGAUACAUAUUGCUGCGUAACAUUUCCGGCAUGCUUCGAACGCGCUAUUCAACGUUUUUCGCUUGGUUUGGACGUAUUUCGCUAGAAUUGUUUAUCUGCCAGUAUCACAUUUGGCUGGCAGCGGAUCGAAACGGUGUUCUGGUGCUUCUGCCAGGAUUCCCCACUCUUAACGUUUUGAUAACGUCAUUCAUAUUUGUAUGUGUAUCUCAUGAAAUUCAUCGUCUCACUACCGUUCUAUUGCCCUAUAUAGUACCGAACGACUGGAAACUGGCGCUACGCAAUAUGCUGAUUUUUAUUGUUGUACUUAUCCCUAUUGGGCGCUAUGACGGAAUGAUUUAAAGAACCUAAAACAUUGAUUGUGCAAAAAUUUGAACUCAAGAUCUUUUUAUGUUUAAUCUUAAGCUUAGUCAACCAAAUUAAAAUUAUCAGUCGAUACUACAUAAUAAAAAUAGUAAAAAGCAAAAAAAAACAUGAA